UUGGAGCGCAGCGGCGCCGACUCCGGGAACCCGGCAGAGCCCGCCCGGCGCCCAGGGCGCGCACAGCCCGCGGCCGCGCCGGCGAUGCGGGGCCACCCCGCGCCCGCCCCAGUCCCGGCCCCGGCCCCCGCGGAAAGGGGCUGAGCCGCCCGCCGCCGCCCGGAUGGCGAGCCUCGCCGCGCUCGCCCUCAGCCUGCUCCUGCGGCUGCAGCUGCCGCCGCUGCCCGGCGCCCGGGCUCAGAGCGCCGCAGGCGGCUGUUCCUUUGAUGAGCACUACAGCAACUGUGGUUAUAGCGUGGCCCUGGGGACCAAUGGAUUUACCUGGGAGCAGAUUAACACGUGGGAGAAACCAAUGCUGGACCCAGCUGUGCCCACAGGCUCCUUCAUGAUGGUGAACAGCUCCGGGAGGGCCUCCGGCCAGAAGGCCCACCUCCUCCUGCCCACCUUGAAGGAGAAUGACACGCACUGCAUCGAUUUCCAUUACUACUUCUCCAGCCGCGACAGGUCCAGCCCGGGCGCCUUGAACGUCUAUGUGAAGGUGAACGGCGGGCCCCAGGGGAACCCCGUCUGGAACGUGUCCGGCGUCGUCACCGAGGGCUGGGUGAAGGCAGAGCUGGCCAUCAGCACCUUCUGGCCACAUUUCUACCAGGUGAUAUUUGAAUCCGUCUCUUUGAAAGGUCAUCCUGGCUACAUCGCUGUGGACGAGGUCCGGGUCCUCGCGCAUCCAUGCAGAAAAGCACCUCACUUUCUGCGGCUUCAAAAUGUCGAGGUGAACGUGGGUCAGAAUGCCACGUUCCAGUGCAUUGCUGGCGGGAAGUGGUCUCAGCAUGACAAACUUUGGCUCCAGCAAUGGAACGGCAGGGACACCGCGCUCAUGGUCACCCGCGUGGUCAACCACAGGCGCUUCUCGGCCACGGUCAGUGUGGCGGACACUGCCCAGCGGAGUGUGAGCAAAUACCGCUGCGUGAUCCGCUCGGACGGUGGCUCCGGCGUGUCCAACUACGCUGAGCUGAUCGUGAAAGAGCCUCCCACACCUAUUGCCCCCCCAGAGCUGCUGGCUGUGGGGGCCACGUACCUAUGGAUCAAGCCGAACGCCAACUCCAUCAUUGGGGACGGCCCCAUCAUCCUGAAGGAGGUGGAGUACCGCACCACCACGGGCACCUGGGCCGAGACCCACAUCGUGGACUCGCCCAACUAUAAGCUGUGGCAUCUGGACCCGGAUGUGGAGUAUGAGAUCCGGGUUCUACUCACAAGACCAGGAGAGGGGGGCACAGGGCCCCCGGGGCCUCCGCUCACCACCAGGACCAAGUGUGCAGACCCAGUGCACGGCCCACAGAACGUGGAGAUUGUGGACAUCCGGGCCCGGCAGCUGACCCUGCAGUGGGAGCCCUUUGGCUACGCGGUCACCCGCUGCCACAGCUACAACCUCACGGUGCAGUACCAGUACGUGUUCAACCAGCAGCAGUACGAGGCUGAGGAGGUCAUUCAGACCUCCUCCCACUACACCCUGCGGGGUCUGCGGCCCUUCAUGACCAUCCGGCUGCGGCUCCUGCUGUCCAACCCCGAGGGCCGGAUGGAGAGCGAGGAGCUGGUGGUGCAGACAGAGGAGGAUGUUCCAGGUGCUGUUCCUCUAGAGUCCAUCCAAGGGGGGCCGUUUGAGGAGAAGAUCUACAUCCAGUGGAAACCUCCCAAUGAGACCAAUGGGGUCAUCACGCUGUACGAGAUCAACUACAAGGCUGUUGGCUCCCUGGACCCGAGUGCCGACCUCUCCAGCCAGAGGGGGAAGGUGUUCAAGCUCCGGAACGAAACCCACCACCUCUUUGUGGGUCUGUACCCAGGGACCACCUACUCCUUCACCAUCAAGGCCAGCACAGCCAAGGGCUUCGGGCCCCCCGUCACCACGAGGAUCGCCACCAAAAUCUCAGCUCCAUCGAUGCCCGAGUAUGACACAGACACCCCACUCAACGAAACGGACACGACCAUCACGGUGAUGCUGAAGCCUGCCCAGUCCCGGGGAGCCCCUGUCAGUGUUUACCAGCUGGUUGUCAAGGAGGAAAGACUUCAGAAAUCACGGCGGGCAGCUGACAUCAUCGAGUGCUUUUCGGUGCCUGUGAGCUAUAGGAACGCCUCCAGCCUGGAUUCUCUGCACUACUUUGCUGCUGAGUUGAAGCCCGCCAACCUGCCUGUCACACAGCCCUUCACAGUGGGUGACAACAAGACAUACAAUGGCUACUGGAACCCUCCUCUUUCCCCUCUGAAAAGCUACAGUAUCUACUUCCAAGCGCUCAGCAAAGCCAAUGGCGAGACCAAAAUCAACUGUGUUCGUCUGGCUACAAAAGGUGCCUCCACCCAGAAUUCUAACACCGUGGAGCCAGAGAAGCAGGUGGACAACACCGUGAAGAUGGCUGGAGUUAUUGCUGGUCUUCUCAUGUUCAUCAUCAUUCUCUUGGGCGUGAUGCUCACCAUCAAAAGGAGAAGAAAUGCUUAUUCCUACUCCUAUUACUUGAAGCUGGCCAAGAAGCAGAAGGAGACACAGAGCGGAGCCCAGAGGGAGAUGGGGCCUGUGGCCUCGACCGACAAACCCACCACCAAGCUCAGCACCAGCCGCAAUGAUGAAGGCUUCUCCUCCAGCUCUCAGGAUGUUAACGGAUUCACAGAUGGCAGCCGCGGAGAGCUGUCCCAGCCCACCCUCACCAUCCAGACCCACCCCUACCGGGCCUGCGACCCCAUGGAGAUGAGCUAUCCCCGGGACCAGUUCCAGCCGGCCAUCCGCGUGGCUGAUCUGUUGCAGCACAUCACCCAGAUGAAGAGAGGCCAGGGCUACGGGUUCAAGGAGGAAUACGAGGCCUUACCAGAGGGGCAGACUGCUUCAUGGGACACAGCCAAGGAGGAUGAAAAUCGCAAUAAGAACCGAUAUGGAAACAUCAUAUCCUAUGACCAUUCCCGAGUGAGGCUGCUGGUGCUGGAUGGAGACCCACACUCCGACUACAUCAACGCCAACUACAUUGAUGGCUACCAUCGACCUCGGCACUACAUUGCGACUCAAGGUCCGAUGCAGGAGACCGUGAAGGACUUCUGGAGAAUGAUCUGGCAGGAGAACUCGGCCAGCAUCGUCAUGGUCACGAACCUCGUGGAAGUGGGCAGGCACCCAGCGGAACACACUGUGGGAAAUGCCACUCUAGGCCGUGCGGCGUCCCCCGGAAUGGUGAAGUGUGUGCGGUACUGGCCGGAUGACACGGAGGUCUACGGAGACAUUAAAGUCACCCUGAUUGAAACAGAGCCCCUGGCAGAAUACGUCAUACGCACCUUCACGGUCCAGAAGAAAGGCUACCACGAGAUCCGGGAGCUCCGCCUCUUCCACUUCACCAGCUGGCCCGACCACGGCGUCCCCUGCUAUGCCACUGGCCUCCUGGGCUUUGUCCGCCAAGUCAAGUUCCUCAACCCCCCCGAAGCCGGGCCCAUCGUGGUUCACUGCAGUGCCGGGGCCGGGAGGACCGGCUGCUUCAUCGCCAUCGACACCAUGCUCGACAUGGCCGAGAACGAAGGGGUGGUGGACAUCUUCAACUGUGUGCGGGAGCUCCGAGCCCAGAGGGUCAACCUUGUGCAGACGGAGGAGCAGUACGUGUUUGUGCACGACGCCAUCCUGGAAGCGUGCCUCUGCGGCAACACGGCCAUCCCCGUGUGCGAGUUCCGCUCCCUCUACUACAACAUCAGCAGACUGGACCCCCAGACCAACUCCAGCCAAAUCAAAGACGAAUUUCAGACCCUCAAUAUCGUGACGCCCCACGUCCGGCCCGAGGACUGCAGCAUCGGGCUCCUGCCUCGGAACCACGAUAAGAACCGGAGCAUGGAUGUCCUGCCUCUGGACCGCUGCCUGCCCUUCCUCAUCUCGGUGGACGGAGAAUCCAGCAACUACAUCAACGCGGCCCUGAUGGACAGCCACAAGCAGCCGGCGGCCUUCGUGGUCACGCAGCACCCUCUACCCAACACCGUGGCGGACUUCUGGAGGCUGGUGUUUGACUAUAACUGCUCCUCCGUGGUGAUGCUGAAUGAGAUGGACACUGCCCAGCUCUGUAUGCAGUACUGGCCUGAGAAGACCUCCGGGUGCUACGGGCCCAUCCAGGUGGAGUUCGUCUCCGCAGACAUCGACGAGGACAUCAUCCACAGAAUAUUCCGCAUCUGCAACAUGGCUCGGCCUCAGGAUGGGUAUCGUAUAGUCCAGCACCUCCAGUACAUUGGCUGGCCCGCCUACCGGGACACGCCCCCCUCCAAGCGCUCUCUGCUCAAAGUGGUCCGGCGGCUGGAGAAGUGGCAGGAGCAGUACGACGGGCGGGAGGGACGUACCGUGGUCCACUGCCUAAAUGGGGGAGGCCGCAGCGGGACCUUCUGUGCCAUCUGCAGCGUGUGUGAGAUGAUCCAGCAGCAGAACAUCAUUGACGUGUUCCACAUCGUGAAAACGCUGCGGAACAACAAGUCCAACAUGGUGGAGACCCUGGAACAGUAUAAAUUCGUAUACGAGGUGGCAUUGGAAUAUUUAAGCUCCUUUUAGCCUGAUGGGAUGGGGAGCCUGCCGGAGUCCAGAGGCUGCUGCAGUCAAACCCCCUUUUCUGUGAAUGGCAGUGACGGGCUAAGAGGCGGCACCUGGCCCAACUCCAAGGAGAAGACUGGUGGUCUCAUGCCUGGGGUGGGCCCUGCACCUUCUGAGGGGCUCCUGGAACUGGGAAAUAGGCUCUGAAAGGCCCAGGCUUCUCCUGCACCUCCACUGGCCACAGACGCGGACCCACAACGAAGCCCCAGACUUCCCAGUUCCCCGACCUCUUGCUUCUGCGCUUUCCAAGUGUGUGGACCUCAUGGAAAGCCAGCUGGGGGUGCUGGGAGAUGCAGGCUUGCUGUACCUCCAGGCCUGCUUCUCCUUGGGAGUGAGGGGAUUGUCUCCGCCUCCACGCUGUGGGCGCAGUGACUGGCCUCUUGGGGUCCCUGCCCUCUGCAGUCUCCUUCAGUGACCUGGGGCUGUCCCAAGACCACAGCAGGGGCCCCAUCCUGCCCCCCUGCCUGCACGGAGCUAGCCCUCCAGCAUUCUGUACCCUCCCCAGCCCGGGCCUUGACCCUCUGUCACUCACGCCAGCCUGCUGGGUCCACAGCACUCUUGGAUGAAGGUUUUCUUUGCUUUUUUCUCCUCGGUGGGAGGGGGUGGAACUGCAGGGAUGGUGGCUGCUCCUCCUUGUCUGUGAAAAGGGACCACUGCCUGGAGGCAGGGCUCUUGCUGACCCUUGGGUGGCGCCCCCUUUGGGAGAGCUGACAGGAUAAGAUUUGAUUAUUUUCCAAAGCAUAUAUUAAAAGAAACUUUCUUUUGGGGGAUGUAAAAUCUAAGUCUCUUAUGUGAAAAAAAAAAAAAGGGGGGGAGUGGGGCUGGGAAGGAAGUUUGGAUGUGUAGCUACAGGACCAAUCUCUCAGGCCUGUCAUCAGGCAACAUCCUUAAAGGGUCCCACCUGGGACGGCCCAGCCUCUGAUGAGGCAGAGUCGGCUGGGCGGAGGCCACUCCUCUGGCUUCUGGGCAGCUGAGUCCCUGCUUUCAGCAUAAUCUUCCGAGGAAACCCAGCUGCUAUCCUGACAAAGGCCACUGUGGACCAGUGAUGGGCCGAGGGACUCAGGCCUGGGAAACUAGGGUCCUGCCCAAGGAUGUGUGAGUCGGUGACAGGGAGCCGGCAUCUGCUAGGCAUCUCCUGUGUGUCCGGGUGAACCACUCCGUGUGCCAUCCCACAAUCUUAGGGAUACCCCCGCCGCGGGGAGAGCGCGUGCCCUUUCGUUAUCUCCAUGUUAUGUGAGGAAGCCAAGGCAUCUUCCUCGGCGGUGAAAUUCUGGGCUCCAGAAAGGCGAAUAAUGGCGAUAACACUUAUUUUCCUUACUUUCUCCAUCCUUUCUCAGCCAAGCAAUUAUUUUAUGGAGGGAAAAUAGGGCCAGAAACUUCUGGGCAGAGAACUCCACAAAUGGAAAUUUAAUUCUUUCUUGUGCCAGUUAGUCUGGGAGGCCCAGAAUUUCAGCUCUAUUUUAGUGCCUCGUUCCUGGCUCCCCAGGAAAAGCUAGUCUCCUGUAAUCAUUCCUUCGCCAGUGAAAACCAUUCCCUGUUCCCUCAGGCAAUGCUGUCUGCCGCCAGAGACUCCCUACCUUGUCUCUCACAGGGGCCUGGGCUCAGGACCUGACAGCCUUGGGGUUGCCUGGGAUGGAGGAAGCUGCAUCGUGGAGGCUGCUCUAGCCCCAGACAGGAGGAAUCAGCAGCUCAGAGUGCACUGGGGAAACUGAACCACGGUGUAGCGCAGGAGCCACGGAGCAGGGAGCCUGCCUAGGGCUUCCUAGAGGAGGUGACUCCCACCCCAGCUGGGUCUCCACUGCAGGAAAUCCAGGCCAAGAUCAGCAUGGGCAAUGGCAAAGAGGUGUGGGAAGUCCUGGGGUGGGGGCAGUAUAGGGGGAAGGGCAGCCCACCCAGAGGUCAGGAGAGGAGCCAGGGUCGGGGGUGAAUGCUCAGCCAACAGUGCAGCUUCGCCCCAUGGGCCGCAGGGAGCUCGGGGUGACGCUCUCAGCUCAGUGUUGGGCAGGCGGCCUCUUCCCCUUCAUCAGACACUGUGAAAACACUCCCUUCAGCAUGUACUCUUUACUAUCACAUCUACUUGUCUGUCUGCUCAUUAUUUUGUCGCUGGAACAAAAUACGCAGGGGAUUGUGAGCUUCUGCUUCUGUGAGAAACGGGGUCUCUGCUCUACCAGGGGGCAGGGUGACCCAGCCAGAGCCCACAGGAGGGGACAUGGAAAGAACCCACAGACGCUGCUCCCAGUGGCACGGGCUCGGGAGCUGUCUAGAAGUCCGGGGACUUGAUCAAGGAAGGGCUGUCACUUUGGAGGUUCAAAAAGAAACAUCUCAAAGCAAAGGAAGAAAAAGGAGCCCCAGGAAGAACUCACUCUUCUCCUUUCAUGGGCCCUUCCCCGUGAGCUCGAGCGGGUCCCCGGGCCCCAGCCCCCACCGGUUCUGCUGGCCUCGCCUGGCUCCAGUCCACGGCUCCAGCCGGCGCUCCCCCAGCCUUCAAAGAGCCUACAGCCUAACAAAUCACCCUGUUAUAUGCUCCUUCCUCAGAUCUUGGCUCAUCCAUACAGAAUGAGGGGACUAAGGCUACUAACACAAAUCCUGAGAUUUAUUCUGCUCAGGAAGGGGUAAAACAGCUGGCAGAUAAAAAAUGGCAGUGGCUUCUAUCCUUUCAAAUGGUAGGGAUUUAAAAUGUGACUUCAGGCAGAAGGAAAACUGUAAAAACUCAGACCACAGUGGGAUAACCAAGGGCCAGUGAUGGUUCCCGCCGUUCGUCCCUCAUUUCCUCACAACCCAGCCACCUCCCAAGAUAGCAGGGCAGUGAACAGGUCUUAGGCCAGUUUACAAAGAAGAAACUGAGGCUGGUGAGUGGAGAUGCCUCCCGAAGAUCCCACAUGGCCAGGGCUUGGGUGAGAUGGGGCACCGGAGCCCAAGAAGUUGAGCUUUAUCAAACACCGCCUCCCCUAUGGUACCUUCCCACCCUCCACUUACAGGGGGACUCACCUUCUCCAUG